AGUACUCUUUUCUCCAUAACAAAAUAACCUAAAUUUAUUUAGUAAAAAAAAAAAAAUAACCUAAAUUUAUUAUAAUAAUCGCCGACCAAUGCACACAAACUCACUGCCAGUCGUAUCCCCAUUUAAAACCCUCAACAACUAAACUUCCCAACAUUUCAUCUCUCUCUCUCCCCCUCUCUCCCUCUCUCUCGCAAAUCUCUCCACCCAAACACUGCCUUAACAAAACAAACACGACUUGCCGAGCUUCUGCUGCUGCUUCGAAGCUUCAAUGGAGUCUUCUCUCUCAACUCCUUACCACCGCAGAAGGCUCUCCGGCGUCAACGGUUUUUCCUCUAAAAACGCCUACGACGACGUUUUCUCGGCUCCGCCCACUCUCGGAGCUCGCAAAGUCAAGUCUCGAGUUCUCGAAGACUACAAAGAGAUUUUCGCCAGCUCUCGCGCUUCUUCAAUUCCGGUGCUCGAUAUCUCGCCGCCUGCCGGCGUUGAUGCUGACUCCGUUUCCGAUUAUCGGAACUCGGAGCUCGAUUACUCAAACAUUUUCGGUGGACUCCGAGACGACGACGCCGGCGGUGUGUGUUAUGAACAAGUGAUUGCUAAUGCUGCUGGAACUAACAGAGAGACAACGAAGACUUCUCGUAAAAUCAGGACUCCAUCUGCACCAGAAUCUCCUAUACACGGUUCAGAUUGCUUAAAAGCUUCCAAUGAGAGUAAAGUGCUUUCGUCUGAUGAACCAGUUCAAUCUGUCGAUGACAAAAAACAUUUUAGCAUGUCUUAUCACAAGACGAACACUGGAAGCAAAGAUGGGACAAAUGGGACAACACACGUAGCACAGUUUCUUCCAGUACGUGGAUUUACUCGUUUUAUUGAUGAAACCACUCCACAGAAGAUUGAAGCUGACAAGUCCAAAUCCUCGGUAGUAAGUGAUGUUCUUCAUAAAGUGGAUGUCAACGAGGCUAUACUGGAGAAUAGAAACACUACGAAGGGCAUGUCACAUCUCACUAACAAAGAUGCCUUUCGAAGGGAUUCUAAGUCUAGGAGUAAUUCUGGUUGGGAUGGAUCUUACAGUUAUGAUAAGCUGUUUAAUUCACACGAAAAUAACCUUAAAUCACAUCCUACUGAAAAUCGACCUCCUUCAGGCAUACCUUAUAAAAUAGAUAGCUCUGGGAAUUCAAAGAGAUUAUGGGCUUCUAAAAAUGAUGCCUCUGAACAUGUUGCAGGCAAGAGUUCAUCAUGUAUCCCCGGUGAGGAGCUUGAUGUAAACUCAGCUGCUGCAGCCUCUGCAGCUGUCCUUAAAGAUGCAAUACAAAAGGCUCAAGAAAGCAUACGACUAGCAAAAGAGUUGAUGGAAAGAAAAAGGGAAGGAUUGCGAAGACCUUCUAGUCAUAACUCUAGGAAUAAUGUGAAAGUUAAGGAUAAAAUGGAAAAUGUUAUUGCGUAUGAAGGUAACAGACUGAAAGAUACGAAUGCCAAAGAUAUUAGUGGUAGUGUAGAUUUUGUUUCUCAGCUUUUCUCUGGGAUGAGAAAGAAGAGUGCAAUAAGAAGUGGUCUUUCCCCAGACUUCAAACAAAAGGAAAGAAGUUUUAUCAAGGAAAAUGUCGUAGAUGAUGAGAAUGCCAAAAGUCUGGGCAUGGCUGAAGAAAGUGAAUUACAAAGCCUUGAGAAGAAAAGAGAAGUUAUUCCAUCCAUCGAGUCCAUGGACAAGGUUGAAUCAAAUGUCAUGGAGCAACAGCAAGUUUACAAUGAGAAGACAGAUGAGAAAGCUCAGAAACUAGUUUACGUGGAGAGGAAAUUGAAUGCUGUUAAAGGUGAUGAUCAGACUGACCUCAAUGAGAAUAAAGUAGAACCAGUCUGCAUUGUCAGUGAACCAAAAAAGGUUGAAAAUUUCAGAGUUUUGCAAGAGGAUGAAUUUGUUGAAGCAAUACAUACACAUAUACACAUAAACAAAGAUGGGGAGAAGAGUUCAAAAGAUUCUCAACAGGAAAAGGAAGAUGCAACCGAAUCUGAGUCCAACAAUGAUUUGAGAGUAAAUAUUGUACCGGAGACGGAAGAUAUUGAGAAUAAACAAGAUAUCUCACAACAAGAUCACAUUGCCAAGACAACAAAAGAUAUAGAGAAAGAUGGAUCUGACUAUGGAGUAGAAAAGAAUGGGGAUGAUGAAAGAAUUUCAAUAGAUAUUCACGAUGGAGAGGGAAGUGAACAUAUUUUUGAAAAUUUUGGGAAUGAGGAUCUUAGCGGAAGAUUUGAAAAGGCCGAGUUUAUAUGCAUAGAGACUGAAGAAAUAGAAGUACUUCAGGUGGCUCAUCAUGGAUCUGAUGUGUAUGAUCAUGUGCAUGACAAAAAUGAGACUGAAAAAGCUUUCAAGUAUAAUAUUAAUCAUGUCCAUUUGGAAACAGGUCAAGAGGUGGAUGAUCAUAGCACAGCAACCAAAGAUUUCUAUGACUUUAACGUAGAUGAGGCAGAAGCUGUUAAAUUGGCAUAUAACCCGAGGGAAAAAGAACAUUUGAGCACUGGUAACUUGGCUCCAGAUCUUGCUGACGUAAUUGAUACCAUAAACAACGAGAAAGUUGUCUCUGAAAUUUUACUUUCUAAAGACAGUUCACCAAAGUUUGGUUCAACUUUUACGGAUCAUGGUGGUAUUGAAUCCACAAGAAAGGGGGGUGUUCGUAAGGAUAGAAUGCCCUCUGAUGAAGAGGCAGGGAAAAGUACACUGGGAUAUGUUAAUGAUAACCUACAACAUGAUGCGCACUUUGAAAUAUCUGAAGGACCCAAAGCAAAAGAAAAGACUUCAGAAGUUGAGGUUGAGAUCAAAAUAAGAAAAGAUACAACAAAAAAUGUGGAGGGUGUAGAUAAAAUCAUUAACAUAAAAGAGAAGGGAAUGGAAAUGAAUGAAGAGAUCCAAGCAAGACAAGGUAAAGAAAUUCAUGAUGUAAGCUCUAGUAAAAAUUUUGAUAUGGAAAAGGAAGCAAAAAGGACUGUGUCAGUAGUGAAAGAGAAAGAGGGCCUAAUUAAGAACAAUGAAGAAAUGAAACGGGAUCAUGAACGUGAAAAAGAGAAAAUAGCUGUGGAAAGGGCAAUUAGGGAAGUUCGUGAAAGGGCUUUUGCUGAAGCAAGAGAACGGGCGGAGAGAGCUGCUGUGGAAAGAGCUACUGCUGAAGUUCGGCAGAGAGUGAUGGCAGAGGCACGGGACAAAUUUGACAAGGAUACCGCAGCAACUAAAUUAUCAGCUGAAAAAGCUUCAGUUCAAGCCAAGCUUAGGUCCGAACGAGCUGCAGUAGAGAGGGCGACGGCAGAGGCUCGAGAACGUGCUCUAGAAAAAGCGUUGUCCCAGAAGUCAAGAGCUCAGACAGAGAGAUCCACAUCUCAAAAUCACGCAGGUCCAUCAAGAGAUAAUUCAACGAAGAAAAGUUCUUCCUCUGAUUUGGAGACAAAUUGUGAAAAUAAUACAGACUCGGUUCAGAGGAAUAAAGCAAAUGUAGAGAAGCACGAAAGGAUUAUGGAGCGCACGGCAAAAGCCCUUGCUGAGAAGAAUAUGCGUGAUCUUCUUGCUCAGAAAGAGCUAGCUGAGAAAAAUAGACUAGCAGAAGCUCUUGAUGCUGAUAUUAAAAGAUGGUCAAAUGGAAAGGAGGGCAACUUGCGAGCAUUGCUUUCAACUUUGCAAUAUAUCCUUGGCCCUGGUAGUGGUUGGCAACCUAUUUCCUUAACAGAGAUCAUAACAACAAAUGCUGUAAAGAAAGCUUACCGGAAAGCUACUCUCUAUGUUCACCCAGAUAAGUUGCAGCAACGAGGGGCAAACAUUCAGCAGAAGUAUAUAUGCGAAAAGGUUUUUGAUCUUCUAAAGGCUGCUUGGAACAAAUUUAACAAAGAAGAGAGGUGACCAACCUUUGUAAUUUGAUGGCCAGAGGAGUAGGAUUCAAAUCUAGAUAUAUGAUUAAUCAGCCCUACCACAGGUAUCUGUAACUUUCAAAUUAUUGCAAAAUUCUGUUACAGAAAAGGCUGUAAAGUCAUGUUCAUCAGCAAAUGAUAUGUUCAAAUCUGGGUUUAUGAUCAA